UUUCACCCCUUACGAUGACUAUCUUGAUGCCUUGCCCCCAUAUUGCAAAGCGGGGAGGAUUUUGUGGACUGCCCGUGUUCCGCUUAUUUUUUACCACGUGGUGGAAUAUCAUCAGCUUGACCGGUUCUGCAGGCAAUUCAAUGGUUUGCAGGUUGUGCUAGCAGACGUGGUAUACGACCAACGGUUGCACGAUAUGGACCAACGGGGUAAGUCUCGGACUAAUUGGUUACUAAAACACGCAAAGCACGUGGCCCGUUGGAAUGCUCGGUAUGAUUUGGUUAUCCACAUGCAAAGAACUGAUCGACUGCAGGUUGUGGAUGGGUACCGCACAUGGUACUACAUGCACGGUCGACGGCUUAUUGGUAACCAAACAUAUUAUAGUAACCAGAGAUUCGUACAGUGUGCAGCAUCACUGAAUGAUGUAAUGCAUGCUUUCAACCGGUUGAUGUUAGAUUCCGGGCAAGUCCUCGACAAUCCUGACGCCGUUCGCGAUUCUUUCAUUAGGGAUAUUCAGCAGCGGAGUACUGAUUUGUUGAUCAAUACUGAGUACGAGUUCUUAUUGCACGUGGCGCCGCAUCAAUACUUUGGGGCCCCGAUACCGGAUGAACCAUUUGGCCCUCAGGACGUGUAGAUAGUCGUUGAGACAGUGGAUCAAUUCGGCGUGCAGAUAGGCGGUUACAAAAACUAGUGUGGGAAGCUGGUAUUGCUGUGACAAGGGAUCAAUUCCUUUAACUCAUGCAUGCAA